AAGAGGGGGGGGCUGUCGGUUGCGCUGGUGCUGGUGAGGAAGCGAAUAUAAAUCUGUAUGUUCGCAGGAGUAAAGCUGGAGGUCUCCAGAGCGGCUUUAGCGACUGCGUCGGCCAGGGCUGGUCGUAAACCAUCAAGCGGUGGUCUUCCCGUUAACUAAAGGAUUUGUGCAAGUGAGGAAGUAGAUCCUGCGUGGAAGCUGCGAGCAGCGGUUGUCAAGCACAGUGGUGGACUGUUCGGAGGUCUCUGACACCCCCUCCCAUCCCACACCCUCAUUUUCGUUUCUGGACAAAACAAGAAGAAGCUUGAAGACAGAUCUGAGUGACAAGAGAAGUGGCGAUGAGGGACUCGUGAGCCCCUUUCUCUCCUUAUUCCCUUCAUUCACAAAAUCAUUGCCUUCUAUCAUCACAGCAAUGUAGAGGCAUUCCCGAUUGAAGGAGGAAAAGGGUCCCACUGACGGCUGAGGCUUCGUACUUCUCUUCAACAGCUAGCCCUUUUCAUUGCAGCCCCCCCUCCUCCCUCCAUCCCCUUCAUCUCUUGCCUCUUUCUUUACAUUCUGGUCUCUUGUGUUCUUCCACACUCUAUUCACACCACAAAAGGGAGCAGGCGGCAUUGCUUUUGGGUUGAAGUGGGUGUUUCUGGACCUGUCAUUGUGUUUGGUUCCAUGAAAAAAAGGCAACCGAGUAGACACACACAGUUUUGCAUCGAAUCAAAUCAGCGAGGAACAGCUGACAAACAAUGGAAGGCGAAUUGCCAUGAAAAGAAAGAGUUCCAGAAACUGCCAGACACUCAUGUAGCCGUUUCCCGAGAGCGUUCGCGUUGCUAUUGAGGGGCGUAAAGCUGCGGCGCGACUGACACCGCCGCGUGGAUUGUGCUGCCGCUGUUGCUAAGCAAAGUCUUUUCGCCGAAGUUGGUUGAGCAUCAGGCGGCAGCCAUGAAAGGAAGCUCCGAGGAAAGCAUCGAGAGCGCCAGGCCGUCCAACCUGCAAGCUUUUGCGAACAUAUCCACGCUGCACGGCAUGAGUCACAUAUUCUCUUAUGGACACAUGACAUUCCGCCGGUUCCUCUGGACUCUUUCCUUUUUGGGUUCACUCUGCUUACUGCUGCUGGUGUGCAUGGAUCGAGUGUCCUACUACCUGGAGUACCCUCACGUCACCAAGCUGGAUGAGGUGGCGGCCACCAACCUCACCUUUCCCGCCAUUACCUUCUGUAACCUCAACGAGUUCCGCUUUUCCAAAAUCACCCGUAAUGACCUCUAUCACGUGGGGGAGCUUCUGGCCCUCCUCAAUAAUAACUACCAAAUAGCCAACCCACAUUUGGCUGAGCCGGAGGUUCUGGCUGCCCUGAAGGAGAAAGCCAACUUCCAGAACUUUAAGCCCAAACUCUUCAACAUGACUGAUUUCUAUAAUCGCACCGGUCAUGACAUCGGCGAUAUGUUACUACAGUGCACCUUUCGCGGGGAGGAUUGCUACUCCGUAAACUUCAGCACGAUCUACACACGCUAUGGGAAAUGCUACACUUUCAACUCGGGACUAGACGGCAACCCGUUGCUGACCACCUUGAAAGGAGGCACGGGGAACGGCUUGGAAAUCAUGCUGGACAUUCAGCAGGAUGAAUACCUUCCUGUCUGGGGGGAGACAGAUGAGACGUCCUAUGAGGCCGGCAUAAAGGUACAGCUUCACGCUCAGUCAGAGCCUCCUUUCCUCCACCAGCUGGGCUUCGGGGUGGCCCCGGGAUUCCAAACCUUUGUUUCCACCCAAGAGCAGAGGCUUCAGUACCUCCCUCCGCCUUGGGGAGACUGUAAGUCGACUCCCAUCGACUCGGAGUACUUCUCCACGUACAGCAUCACCGCCUGCCGCAUUGACUGUGAAACUCGUUAUCUGCUGGAAAAUUGCAACUGCAGAAUGGUCCACAUGCCGGGGACCUCCACUGUGUGCACACCUGAACAAUACAAAGACUGCGCUGACCCAGCCUUAGACUUUUUGGUAGAGAAAGACAACGAUUACUGUGUGUGUGAGACCCCCUGCAACAUGACUCGCUAUGGCAAGGAGCUGUCCAUGGUUAAGAUUCCCAGUAAGGCAUCUGCCAAGUAUCUGGCUAAGAAAUUCAACAAAACUGAGCAGUAUAUUGGAGAAAACAUUUUGGUUUUGGACAUCUUCUUCGAAGCUCUGAAUUAUGAGAAGAUCGAGCAGAAGAAGGCGUACGAAAUUGCCGGGCUUCUCGGUGACAUCGGAGGACAGAUGGGUCUGUUUAUAGGAGCCAGCGUGUUGACAAUACUGGAAAUAUUUGACUACCUAUAUGAGGUGUUCAAGGACAAAGUUUUGGGUUACUGCAUGCGCAAGAAACGACCGCAGCGCUGUCAGAGUGACAACCUGGAGUUUCCAGAGAACCCAAGCAGCCCUGGUGUCACGCCUAAUCAUGCCCCCAGAGCACCUGUGACACACUCCGGAGUCACUCGGACAGUCUCGGAUUCACGCCGAACAUGUUACCUCGUCACCCGACUCUAGGCAACUUUGAGGAGUUUGCUUGUUGACAACCUGAUGUUUGUGGUUUUGUUUUUUUGAGGGAAGAGGGCGGGGGGCGGGGGGACUUGACAGCAAACUGUGAAACAAUUGGUAUAUUUAUCAGAGAAAAACAAGGUUAAAAUGUACAGUACUGUAUCAAUGCCUGAAUAGAAAUAGAAUACUAUCAUCAGAAAAAAACAACUUCCGAAACAGAACUCAGGUUUAAAUGCAACAUAAUUUAUUCAUGUUUUUCAAAAUGUCACUUUUCAGUCUCAAUGUGUCCAAAAAGGAAAUGAAGAUGCUACGUGACCAGGAAGAAAAACACAUGAGCUGCUAUGUGUAGCACUGCACAGUCUGCAGCAUCUACUCCAGAGUGACCUUAACAGCAGGAGUUGAGUGUUGCCUUUCAGCUUGAAUCCAUCAUGACGUCGUAUAAGCUAAUCAGAAAGGGGGGGGGGGGUGAUCAUUGACGCUAACGUCACACGUCUAGCUCAUAUCGCAAUGUUUGUGUUGUUGUUCGGUCAUCCUGAGAAAACUGAAAACAUAUUUUGAUGCCUUUCUGGAUAAUGUCAAUUGUGUCUUAUCUCAUUGCUAUGAAGGAGUAUUGAGACCACGCUGAAAGAUAAAAAUUGUUGAAAUAUGAGGACGGCAGAGUGAAAUUAUUAUUAUUCGAAUGGAGUUAGCAUGCGGCAAUAAAGUCCUCGUUUCUUCAUGGGAAAAAAAAUCUAUAUUUUGAGAAUAGUCAUCAUUUUAGCGAAUUUGAAUGUUAAAAUCGUACAAAAUGUCAAUUUUGCCUCACUUACGACCUGAGUCAUUUUGUCAUAAUUUUUGUUCAAAGUACUUCUGGUUUAGGUAAUCAAACACACUUAUUAUUUGUAGUUUAAUUACAUUUUCUGACAACCUUAUCAGUGUAAUAAUUACUCUGCUCAUAAUAUUCCAACUUUUUCGAGUAAUAUUGCAUUACAGUGGUCCUUCGCUGUAAAGUAUUGCGGUUCACCUUUCGCAAACACGCUAUCUCGCGGAUUUAAUUUUCCAGUGCAGUUUUGCAUGCUGUUUUGGACAGCAAACAACACGAUUUGUGUCCUAAAUGACUUCCUGUUUCUUAUAGUGUACAACAGUGACUUUAUGACGAUAAUCGAUUCUCCCACUUUUACUGAUUUAUCAUAAAAGUGCAUAUUUUAUAAUGUAACUUUCUUUUUGUGUGAUUGUAACUAGCGUUCUUGUCGGUUCAGUCUCAUAGGAUUAGUUGUCAUCAGACUAUAAAUGUAUUCCUGGAAAAGGAUGACUUUGUAAUGAUAUAGUGUAAAUAUCGUUGUCUUGCGAAAAACUCGUAUGUCCAUUUUUGUCAUUUCGUAAACGUUUACAUGAAUGGGUGACAUCACAUUGAAAAGAAUGUACAAUACCUCAGAAUCUCAAAUCGUUUCAGCGGCAUAGCAUUAUUUAAUUCCUAGAAACUGCUUAAUUUUGCUAUUUGUAAUGGCUAAGUUUUCUUUUCCUUUUUCAAGUACAGAGAGGUUUGAUUGCAGCACCAUUUCAUCAAUCAGAUCUUCGGGAAAUAGAUGCAUGAAGAAAUCUAUUGGAUCUGUUCCCUCAAUAUUCACAUUCCACUGUCCCAGAGGAGGCAGGCCUCCCUCUAACUCAUUGUCUUUUCCAGACGUGUCUGCUUUUUUGUAUUCUUGAAGUGGGACAUACUCAGUUCUUUGAGUUUCUUCAGCAU